GUCAACAUGGAUUGUAGUAGGCAAAAGUAAUCUGGUUUGGGGGUAGGAUAUAAGGUACUACUACUACUUUAGCUUAAUAUAAUAUUUGCAGACAAGCAAGGGAAGGUUGCAACUGCCACCCGCGGCCAAGUGAAACAACCUAGUAACCUUGCACUGAGAGAAUGGACUGGUUUCGUUCCCAUGUCUUCACCAUCGUCUUCUCCCUCUUCCGCGCCUCUCCCCCCCUCAAAUUCUCUUUUCCCUGGUCCAUCACCACUUCUUUCUCCCCCGCUAUGCUCAUUGAAGUCAUCCUUUCACCACCACCUGGUACAGUACCUGGAAACCCAAGUUACCACCACCUACCACCCACCGAACAACCGCACCUCAACCGGCAACACCAUCAGAUAAGAUCCAGACCACCCCCACGGAACCACGCGACAGUGAAUGUCUCACCGCAUCCCAGCCAACACGUCCGCAGCGGAGCUCAGCCCUAAAGGUGGAUUUUCGCGAUCAGUUGACAUCUCGCCAGAC